UUUUUUAUUGUUGCAUUUAAACGCCGGGAAGAAAUAAAUAUGUCCAGGAUUAUUCUUGCAAAAGGGAGGUUUCCGCCUGCGAAAUUCGGGCGUGUAAAACAAAAAAGGAAAGAAAAAAAAAAAAAGAAAGUCUGCUCCAGACGUCUUCCUCUCGGUUCACCACGUUGCUUUUUCAAUCAUUAUUCUGUCCAUUGUUGUGGCCACAUAAUAACGCUGGGCCGGUGUCGCACACCAGACAACAGUGAGUUUGUUGUAAUCGCCCUGGUGUCUCCUUUGAAAUGUGCUCCUGCUGCAACACGAAUCCUUCAUGUCCUGGGCGAUUUUAGGAGCCGAUCGCGAGUGUGAAAGUGGAAUUUCUCUCAGCUUUCCGAUAAUGGCGGCGGCGGCGGCCCUCCUCCUCCCCGGACCUAGAUCUCCUCUUCUUUUCUUUGGGAAAAGGGAGCAGUGGAGACCGAAGCAGCCGAGAGAGGGACUCAGUCUCACCCAGCGGCGCCCUCACACAACUGCAGCAGAGAUUUCUGACAGGUAGUGCAGGUGGGGUGAAUUGUACAUUCUCCAGGCUUCAGGCUUUGCGGUAGAAGUUACCAAAGCCGAGGCAAGCUCCGGACGGCUGCGGACAACCCGGAGCAUUUAGGGGAAAAAACCAGGAAGAUCGUGAACAUCAGGAAGCAUGAAGGAAGGAAAUUCUUCUCACAGGAACAGCUAAACAAAGAUCGGAACAGUGAUCGAAAACAACCCGGCAAGACAAUAACACGUCUAAGCGUGACGUGUGAGUGGAGUUCCUGCCCUUGUCUCUGGCAGUAAAGCUUUGAGUGCAGGAAAAGUGAAGGAACUCGUGCAGCGGUGGUCACCGACUCUGACCUGCCACGGGCGAGAUGGAUCGGAGGUGUCAACAAGAAGGAGCCCAGAGCAUUCUGGCCUGAGUGUGUGUUCUCUGUCCUCUCAGGAGGGGAGGGGAGAGAAAUCCGGACUACGAGGAGGGAGGAAGCCAAGAAGACCAGGAGAAAGUGGACAAGUUGUUGGGCUGUGUCGCUUGUGGGCAAAGGUGAAUGAGAAGGAGCAGCUGAGGAGUCUGUUUGAGAGAGGAGGAGGAGGAGGAGCGCUCUGCUGAGGGGAAACCACCACUGUAUUCCUCCCCCAGCGCUAACAGGACAGGAUGAGGUACCAAAGCAGGGAGGUGGAUGAAGGGCGAGUGCGCCUGGUGAUGGAGAGCGCCCUCACAGCCCGGGACAGGGUCGGCGUGCAGGACUUUGUCCUGCUGGAAAACUACAACAGCGAGGCCACCUUCAUAGAGAACCUGCGGAGACGCUUCAGGGAAAACCUCAUCUAUACGUACAUCGGCUCGGUGCUGGUGUCGGUGAACCCAUACAAGGAGCUGGAGAUUUACUCCAAGCAGCAGAUGGAGCGCUACCGAGGUGUCAGCUUCUAUGAAAUAUCUCCUCACAUCUAUGCCAUAUCAGACAACACAUAUCGGGCCAUGCGAACAGAGAGGAGGGAUCAGUGUAUCCUCAUCUCAGGUGAGAGUGGGGCAGGUAAGACGGAGGCCUCCAAGAAGAUCCUCCUCUACUUCGCCGUCACCUGCCCCACUAACAACCACAUGGUGACCCUCGGUGACCGUCUGCUGCAGUCCAACCCUGUCCUGGAGGCUUUCGGUAACGCCAAAACACUGAGAAAUGACAACUCCAGCCGCUUUGGGAAAUACAUGGAUAUCCAGUUUGACUUCAAAGGUGCAACAAUGGGUGGUCACAUCCUCAAUUACCUGUUGGAAAAAUCCCGGGUGGUGCACCAGAACCACGGCGAAAGAAAUUUCCACAUCUUCUAUCAGCUCCUCGACGGAGGAGACGACGACCUGCUCAACACACUGAACCUGGAGAGGAACCCUCACAGCUACCGCUACCUGGUUAAAGGAAGCUGUGCAAGAGUGAGCUCCAUAAGUGACAAGAACAACUGGAGAGUUGUGAGGAAGGCCCUGGACGUGAUCGGCUUCACCGCAGAGGAAGUGCAGAAACUGCUGAACAUCAUCGCCAGCGUUCUCCAUCUGGGCAACACUCUCUUCGGGGAAGGGGAGGAAGGAGAAACUUAUAUCAUCACUGAGACCCAGCUUUCAAACGCUGCAAAGCUGCUGGGUGUCGAUGGCUCCGCCCUGAAGGAGGCCCUCACUCACAAGAAGCUCACAGCCAAAGGAGAGGAGAUGAUCAGCCCACUAAAUUUUGAGCAGGCCGUCUCGGCCCGCGACGCUCUGGCGAAGGCUGUGUACGGCCGGACCUUUAACUGGUUGGUGGAGAAGAUCAACCAGUCGCUCGCGCUAAAGGAGGAAAUCUACCACAGCAGCAAAGACGCCUCGGUCAUUGGGCUUCUUGAUAUCUACGGUUUUGAGGUCCUGCAGCACAACAGUUUUGAGCAGUUCUGCAUCAACUACUGCAAUGAGAAGCUGCAGCAGCUCUUCAUAGAGCUCACCCUCAGAUCCGAGCAGGAGGAGUACGAGACGGAAGGAAUUGCCUGGGAGACGGUGCAGUACUUUGACAACAAGAUCAUUUGUGACCUGAUAGAGGAGAAGCACAAAGGCAUCAUCUCCAUUCUGGAUGAGGAGUGCCUGAGACCGGGAGAGACUUGUGAUAUUUCCUUUUUGGAGAAGCUGGAGGACAUAGUUGGCGGCCAUCCCCAUUUUAUCACGCACAAGUUGGCGAACGGAAAAACUCGCAGGGUAAUGAGCAGGGAGGAGUUCAGGCUGCUGCACUACGCAGGAGAGGUCAACUAUAAUGUCAACGGUUUCCUGGACAAGAACAACGACUUGCUGAACCGGAACCUAAAAGAGGUCAUGUGCCAGUCAGAAAACCAGAUCCUAAGUCACUGCUUCCGCAGGGAGGAAGUGAUCGACCAGAAACGUCCAGAGAUGGCUGCUUCCCAGUUUAAAAACAGCUUGAUGAAGCUAAUGGAGAUCCUCAUGUCCAAAGAGCCGUCUUACGUUCGCUGUAUCAAGCCUAAUGACACCAAGCAGCCAGGACGUUUUGAUGAAGUUCUGGUGAGACACCAGGUGAAAUACUUGGGUCUGAUGGAGAACCUGAGAGUCCGGCGCGCUGGCUUCGCCUAUCGCCGUCGCUUUGAGGCGUUCCUGCAGAGGUACAAGCCCCUGUGUCCCGAGACUUGGCCCAACUGGAACGGAAAACUGGCUGAUGGGGUUUCUGCUUUGGUGAACCACCUGGGCUACAAACCAGAAGAGUACAAACUGGGCAGGUCAAAGAUCUUCAUCCGUUUCCCAAAAACUCUCUUCGCCACGGAGGAUGCCCUAGAGGCGAAAAAGCCAGAGAUCGCUCUGACGCUGCAGAAGUCUUGGAGAGGUUACAGGGAAAGAGCCAAUUAUCAGCGCAUCAGACACGCAGUUAUCGUGAUCCAGUCUGGGUGGCGAGGGAUGAAAGCACGCAGGAGGGCUAAAAGGCGCCGCGAGGCAGCUCAGUUGAUACGCAGGUUCAUAAAGGGCUUCAUCUGCCGUCACGAGGAGUACUGUGACGACAAUGAUUACUUCCUGGAUCAUGUGCGCUGCUCCUUCCUGAAACAUCUGAGGAAAAAUCUCCCCCGGAGCGUUUUGGACAAGAGCUGGCCGACACCUCCUGCUCUGCUCGUCGAGGCCUCUGAGCAUCUCCAAAUGCUUCACAUGCGGAACAUGGUCAUCAAGUACUGCAGGAGAGUUCAGCCUGAAUGGAAGAAGCAGAUGAUGCAGAAGGUUGUAGCCAGUGAGAUCUUCAAGGAUCAGAAGGGCAGCUAUCCUCACAGUGUUGGGAGGCUGUUUUUGGACACCAGGCUCGAGCGAGAGCAAAUCAGCCUAAAAGUCCUCCAGACUCUCGGGAGUGAAAAAGUGCAGUAUGGAGUCGCCGUCAUAAAGUACGACAGGAGGGGCUUCAAGCCCCGCCCCCGUCAGUUGCUCCUCACCAACUCCUUCGCAGUGCUGGUGGACCGGACCAAGAUCAAACAGAGGUUGGACUACGCCGCUCUGAGAGGGGUCUCUGUGAGCUCUCUCUGUGACGGGAUGGUUGUUCUCCACAUGCCGUGGGAGGAUAACAAGCAGAAGGGCGACGCUGUGCUGCACUGCAGCCAUGUGAUCGAAUUGGUGACCAAACUGGCCAUGAUGGCCAGCAAGACCAACUACGUCAACAUCAACCCCGGCUGCAUUCGGUUUGGCGUGUCCAGAACCAAGGAGGGGAUAAUAGACUUCGUCAGGGGUUCAGAGUUGAAGGUGGCCAAAGGCAAACGAGGACAUCUGCUAGUGACCGCCCCUCAGAUCAGCGCCACAUGAAGAUCCAGAAAUCAGCAGGAAGAUAGUCAGGAUGGAUGAUGCUGAAGUCGGCAAAAGAUUUGAAGCUUCGUAUUUGGCACUUAAGGGCUCUUUCACUGCUUUCAGAUAAUCUGCACUGUUUUAAAUCAGCUCUCGCUCAACAUCAACGAUACUUAAGCUGCUGCAGCAUUGUUUACUUAUCAUUCCAUGAACAGGCGGAUCUCAGUAAAUUAGAAGAUUAAAAAAAAAAGUUGAUUCAACCCUUCAGUUCAACAAGACUGACCACACACAACGAUGCAUUCUUAUUCAUUAGGUUAAUUUGAAUGAUUUUUGCUUUUAUGAAAACCUAAAGUUCGGUUUCUCAGAAAAUUGUGUUAUUAACUACAAAAAGGGAUUUUUAAUACAGAAAUGUUACAGCCUACGCAGUCAUGUGGAUAACUGCUGACUUGGCAGAGGUCCAGCAAACCAUAUUUAAAAACCCCCAGGUUCAGCCACAAAAUGUCAUUCCUGAACAGUCUUGAUAUUUACAAAGGACCGUGUCCACUCAGUGGAAGAUUAAGUGGAGG